AUGGCACAUUAUGCAACUUCUCUCCAACCCUUACUACUACUACCACUUCUAAUACUAAUUCUCCCAUUGCUAACUUUCUCAUCAAGGCUAGCUUUUGAUGAUAACCCAUUAAAAACCGGCUUCCGGGUUAGCCUAACACACAUUGAUGCUGGCCUAAAAAACCUCACAAAACUGCAACUCAUCCAACGAGCCAUAAUCAACCGGGUGAAACCUCGACUUGAGAAGCUUAGUGCAAUCACAAAAAAUGGUCGAAUUGAUAAUAUUAGAGCCCCAGUUUAUGCUGGGGACGAAGAGUUCCUCAUGAACUUAUCAAUUGGGACCCCCGUGGUACCUUUGGUUGCGAUCAUGGACACAGGUUUUGGGUGUGGGGUGAACAACCAAGUGAUAGGAAUGAACAAUGUUGUGGGGAUAGUGGGACUUGGGCGUGGAACUUUGUCCUUUGUUUCACAACUUGGUUCAAGGAAAUUCUCGUACUGUUUCACUUCAAUUGGUGACAACAAAAGUAGUAGCCUUUUGUUUGGUUCUCUAGCAGAUUUGAAUGUCUCAAAUGGGGCAAUCAAAAGCACCCCAUUGAUAAGAAAUCCAAUUCUACCAUCUUUUUAUUACUUAUCUCUUGAAGGUAUCACAGUUGGGCAAACUCUCUUGCCUAUACCAAAAUCAUUGUUCCAAAUAGGCAGCAAUGGAGGUGGGGGCCUGAUGAUAGAUUCCGAAACCACAGUCACUAGUUUACAAGAGGAUGCUUUCGACAUGCUAAAGCAGACGUUCGUGGCACAAACAAAGCUUCAGGUGUCAUAUUCAUACACAACAGAGUUUGAUCUUUGCUUUGACUUACCCUCAAAAAAUGUUAAGGAAAUUAAGUUCCCCAGAUUGGUUUUUCAUUUCAAGGGAUUAGAUUUGGAGUUGCCAGCAGAGAACUAA